GACAAUUAACUUAACGAAGUCCAGAAGUUGACAUGGUAAGAGAAGGUCUGAAUAAAGAUCAGAGUGAAAUAAAAUCACUUCUAAACUUGAACUUCUUGGCUGCAGGACGCUGACAUCCGAGACAUUCCGGUGUGUGUGCGCGCGCUGUCACGAGGGAAGCUGAAUGCAGGAUUCGGUUAAGUUCGGUUGCACGCGCACAACAACAAGGGCUUGGUCCGGGUGCAGCACGCGGCCGGAUAUUUAACACGGGCGCGCGAUGUUUUAUCUGAACCGGGUUCCUGCAGCUGGACAACAUGGCAGAUGUCAGCAAGACCGUGCAGAAAUGGCAUGCAAGUUUAAAAAAGGGCACGGACUUUGAUUCGUGGGGGCAGCUGGUGGAGGCAGUUGAUGAGUACCAAAUACUUGCACGGCAGCUGCAGAAAGAGGUCCAGUCAUCAAAUUCUCAGGAUUUCACAGAGGAACAAAAGAAAACCCUGGGGAAAAUUGCAGCAUGUCUUGAAAAGCGAAGUGCUUCCUUACAGAGCACACAGUCCCAAGAGGAAUUUACCUUACAGGAUCUGAAGAAACUGGAACCCAUCAUCAAAAAUGUUCUCACUUAUAACAAAGAUUUCCCCUUUGAUGUCCAACCAGUGCCUUUGAGGAAAAUCUUUGCACCAGGGGAGGAAGAGAACCUAGAUGUUGAGGAGGAGCUGGACACGGCUACAGGAACCGGCUUGACGCCGUCCUUCCCCUCAAGGGUACCAGGUACUUUAUUACCAAGGCUUCCCUCAGAGCCAGGAAUGACUCUGCUUACACUGAAAAUUGAGAAGAUUGGCUUAAAAGAUGCAGGGCAGUGCAUUGAACCUUAUAUGACUAUCAGUGUCAGAGACUUGGAUGGUGUUGAUUUAAACCCUGUUCAGGACACUCCAGUGUCAACACAUAAAGAAGAUACAUAUAUUCAUUUCAAUGUAGAUGUGGAAAUCCAGAAACAUCUUGAGAAACUACCAAAAGGUGCUGCUAUUUUCUUUGAAUUCAAACACUACAAGCCCAAGAAGAAGUUCACCAGUACCAAGUGUUUUGCCUUCAUGGAGAUGGAUGAAAUCAAACCUGGCCCCAUUGUGAUUGAGCUGUACAAGAAGCCAACUGAUUUCAAAAGGAAGAAACUCAAUCUCCUUACGAAGAAACCGCUCUACCUUCACCUCCAUCAAACUCUACACAAAGGCUGAGCAAACACAUGGGCCACUGAUAAUAAGGAACACUACUUUUCCCACCUUUUUGUUAUUUGACUAAAGAUGGACCUUUUGGAUCACCUUUAAAAGAACAUAAUAAUAUGACCCUAGACCUCCACUUUGGAAUUUCACCAGUAGGGUUAAGUGUCCAUCAAGUGUUUCUAAAUGUUUUCUAAAAGGUUGAGUAACACUGUUGGAGUAUGAAAUCUGUAAGCAUGGUCAAGAAUGACCUAAUAACGAUGCUCCUUUUUUUUUUUUUUUUUUUAAUUACCACUACAGAAUUGAUCAGUUCCUGAAUGGCGUUGUUGUGUUUUGUUUUGUUUUUUUUUAGUGAAAUGAAGUAAACACAAGUUUUAACUUUUUAUAGUCAGUCGUAGUACUUAACACCUUCUUUGGAAGAUAUUGCAGCUAAUACUUUCUGCAGCCAGCUAGGAGUCUAACUAUUCUUGGUAAAAACACUUUAAACCACUUUUCUGUUCAGAAUGCUGCUUCUUCUGAGAGAUUUUUUGGGCCGUCUUGCAUGCACAGCAUGUUUAAGAUCUACAUAUUUUCAGUAAUGUUCAAGUGAGUGGAUUGUGAUGGCCAUUCUCAAAGCUUCAGCUUCUGUUUGUUAAAGUAGUGCAUGGUGGACAAUUUGGCCCCAAAGCACAACACAUCCACCUGCAUGCAUAAUAGGUGGCAAGGUGUUGUUUAUUUCGCCAAACUUAUCUUUGGUAACUGUGGCCAGAAUUCCAUUUUUACUUAAUCAGUCCACAGCAUGUAUUUCGAAAAUGCAUUUAGGUUAUCUAGAUUUUUUUUUUCGUAUAUCAGAAAUUCUCUUUUGUAAUGACGUCACAGGUAAAGUUUCCUUCUGAUGAAUUUUCCAUGCAGAUCAUUUUUGUGCAGGCAGCACUGCAAAGUAGAACAGUGCACCACCACUCCUGUGUCAGCAAAACCUCUAGGUCCAGUGUCAUGUGUCGUAUAUACCAAGGAGCAGGCCAUUCAGGAUAUGUCUUACCUUCCUUGCUCACAUUACUGUGGUUGGUCUCUGAUACUCCUUUUCUACCAGCAGGGAUCGGGUUCUGUUCUGGUUUGUGCACCAAAUUUUUUGGAACCGUUCAGAACAUUUCAACAAAAAAUAAACUAGUUCAGAACCUGAAAAGUUGGUUCCCAGCUGGUUGUUCCAGUGUGAACUGUAACAUCAGUGGGCAUUUCUCGGUCUUCUUAUCAUUAGUAGUUGGUCCAAGCUUGUUUUUUGGAUGAAAACAAAUAUCUGCAAUAACAGAACAAAAGCUUGCAGAUCAACAAUGCAAUCCACCAUCUUGCUACUACUAUUUACUUCUGUUGUGGAUUGUGCAACACUCUCCUUUGAUGACGCAUCCUUGAUUACAGGGUUUCCACUCAAAACUGGUAGAAAUGUGGGCUGGUUCACUAGCUGGCACAAAGGUUCAAGGGAUACUGAAAGGACUUGUUUCAAGAGCCUGUUCCCUGUUGGUUGGAAAGGGGUAACGGUUAACUUGGAGUACCCUGUCACCUCAACAUAUGUCCAACAUUAUUGCACUCACCAGUCAGGUUCAGCCAGUCCACUGUAUUUGUUAUUGGGUCCUUCUGUGGAUGCUAGGACUACUGAAGGCAGCAGUAGUGGUACAGUAUUUCAGUUGGUCAUGCUGAUACUGCGAGACUUUCGGAAGUGGGUUAUCAGCCUGAGGCUGGACCCCAAAUAUCACAGACCGAGAGAGGGACACAGACUCUAGCUUGCGAUGUCCUGUCAGAUAGCCUUCCUUUAUCAGUUAGAGUACACUGUGGUACCACAAAAGAGGUGUGUCGUGAUAUGUCAUCAUGCCUUAUUCUGCUUGGACAAUGUUGUGACAGAUGCCCCUAGCAUCACCAGAGCACAAGGUUGAAUGGCUCUGUUUGCCUUGCACAGAAGCUCCUCAACUGGGCCUAACCAUGGUUAAGGCCCGGUCCCAGAAUACCGAUAAUUAGAACUAUAAUGAUAACUAUAAAUAAAUUGCUUUCCUGCAGUUUAUGUGGCUGGUGGUCACACCAGACCAAUAACGAUACCUAUAGCCUAGGCCUGGGUUUAUCCGUAUCGGUCAGAUUGCUUCUAGAGUGAUUUUUCCAGGCCUGGACCUGAGCUGAUAAAACAUCUGACCAAUCAGGUAAUUGUUUACAUGUGACGUUGUCUGAGCACGUGCUAUUUUCUCUGGGCAUCUUUGUACAUCCUUGUUGCAUCAUGAAGUCACGGAAUACAGAUUCAUGGACAAUAAAAAAAUAUAAUACAAAGCACGGAUCUUUUAUUCAUGGAUAUGUGAUAUUUUCCGUGAAGUAUCAAUAGUAAAUUAAUAAAUUAAACAUAGCAGGUAAGAUAUUUUAAUUAUGAACUUCGGCAGUCCAAACAUUUAACUGUUUUAGACUUCUGAAUUUUUUAUCCAUGAUGCAUCAUCCGUAUGAAAUCUGUAACCAAUCUGUAAUAUACUUAAAACAUCCGUGACCAAUCCAUACAUUUUUUGUAUCCAUAUUAAAAAAGUAACCACUGUUUAUUUUGUAUCCUUUUUUAUUGCAUUUCCAUAGUCUGUGACCUAUCUGUAUUUUAUCAGUCACUGGCAUAUGUGCAUGGGUUGUUUUGAAGUCCAAACUGUACAGUAUGACCUGGAAUAAUGUGCUACCACUUGGAAAAAACUUGCAUGACUAUUCCUAAAUUGCAUGCAUUUAUUUACCUGAGUGGCAGGACCAACCAAUAUUCUAGUCGGGAUUAUAGUUGUGGUGUGACUGCUCCAGACUGGAACUAAAUUCAAGCAUAGGUUUAUUCAUAGUUGUAGUUAUAGGUAUAGUUAUCGGUGUUGUGGGACCGGGCCCUUAGCCUCACUGAUGCCCCCUUUCCACCAGUGCAAACUAAGUGCUAGUUCUGGGCUGGUGCUAGAGCCAGUUCCAAGAUGGUUCAACCUGUGAACCUUCUAAGAACCGGUUUACAUUUCCAAGGGCUAGAGAGCCACCAUAGAUCCACUGUAUAUGUCUCUGGUUUCUCAGCAACACUAGCGCCAAGCACAACAACAACAAUGGCGGACUACUGGAUCAGGCAGAAUAGACACUAUGCUAGCUCUUUUUAAAUGGUGGUCACAAAGUUUUAGUUGGUCUUGUUGGUUACAAUAAUCCUGCCCCCCCUAGCCUGGCGUAAGCGGUUCUUGGGUCUAGACCAGCAAAGUGUUGGUGCCACUCUUGAACCAGUUUUUCUGUCCAAGAGCCAGUGCUUUGACUGAAACACGAAGAACUAGUUUGAGAUUAUGCACCAGCUCCAAACUGGCUCUGGUGGAAAAGGGGCAUGAGGGUGCCUGAACUAUUGGGACUAUACAAGGGUGCAGCAGAUGUGCAGUCAAAACAUCAGAUAUACCCAGGAAAGUGCUAUCUGCACACAGAAUUGGUGCACCACAUCUGGGACAAGUUUGGUAAGGAGCAGAUCAACCUUUUCACUUGUGCCAAGUCAACUCCUUGUGAUCCUGGGUCUCCCUGGUGGAGCCAGACAGCAUGCUGGGAGAAAAUGCACUAAUCCACAGCUGGCCAUGUACUGAAAGCCCUUCCCAUUCUAUUGCUGGUAUUUUCCAUGGUGUACUGAAUUCACCAACUAGGUCACACAGUCCUAUUUGUGGCUCAUAAAUAGCCAACAAGACCUUGGUUUCCUCUUCUACUUUUUACUAGUGGUUGGAACCCCAUGGUAGCUAUCCUCUUGAGCAGAUCUGCACCCCUAACCAAGUUGCCUGUGGGUUUGGUGCCCUCAGGAUACCACUUGGAAUUCUGCUGGGUGCAGAUGGACUCUUGUUUUCCACAGACUACCAUUUUGGAAAAUUCUAAAAUAAUUAAAAUCUAAAAUAGUCCAUUUUUUAUAAACUUGUGCUUGACGUUCUUAGCUGGUGUUCAUAAAUAUUUUUACUUUAAUUACUGUGCAAUAUGGACUCAUGACCUAGGUUGUACUAAUCAACUGGUUAUUCAGAUAAGUAGCUGACUAAUCUUAAUUUCCUUAAUGACAUUUUUAAAAAAUUCCCGAUAUCAGUUUUAAGGUUUAAGGUGUUUCCAGGUAAGUGAGGGAACCAGGGCUUGUUGUCUGCCCACCACUCCAACCAGGGGAUUUUAAAUUUUCCAUGUUGGAUGAUGUGCAAGUAUUUCUGACCCUCAUCUGCAUGAGUCCUUUUAUAUUUUCUUGCUUUCAUAAUAAAGUCUGGACAUAUAUUUUAUAAAGUCUCGUCUUAAUUGCACGUUUUCACCAUCUUCUCUGCAUAGCUUCAGGUGUUGUGAUCGGUCAUGUCUGUGUCAAUAGCAUACACGAUGAGAGAGCUGUUAAAGAACAUGCUUCAUAAUCGUAUUAUUGGUCAUGUCACUAUAUCCCAGUCCUGUCUUCUAUUAGGGAACUUUCAAAGAAAGUGAUAAAAUACCACAGCAUGAGCUCGUUUAGGAUGAAAAUGCUCCCAUCUACAAGAGUAUGAGAAGUCAAUGAAUGGUUGAAAAUGAGUGAGUAAUCUUACACUAUGACCUUUGCAGAUCUCUUCAGAAUUUGGUGCUCUUUAUUACUGUUAUCAGUGAGGGGAAAUUUCUUUUAGAAGAAUGCUUUUCUGCCUGCCCGUACACUUCCAGAGAAUUGUAUAAGCUACAUGAAUGCAGAGAUGAGCUGUUCUUUUGGAGGCCCAACACAUGAUUAAGACACAUUAUAGUGCCUUUUCUUUUAAUUUGUCACACAUCUCUAUUUUACUGAUGUUACCCUGAGAAUGUGGCCUGAGUAGAUUUUUAAUGGGGUUUUCUCAAGCGUGUGAAUUCUACCUUGAUGUUAAUAGCCACCAGCACUCUUAAUUUCAGCUCCCAGUUGGCUGAAAUUUAGUGAGAAGUGAUUGUGAUGAUGAUGAUGAUUUAUGAAUCUGUAUUGCAAGGUGUCUAUAAAUUAGUAGGGACUGACACACUAUGACCUUUCUUCUGUGUAAAAACUAAAAUGUUCAAAAUGUGUACCCUUAUGUCUCUACAUAAAAGUUGUAUGAUUUUGCUGUAUUUUUAACAAAUGUAUAAUUAACUAAAAACUUUCAAAUUUA